AUGGCAGAAGUAGCAGCAGGUGUCAUUGCAGUCGAGCAAGUCGUCUCAACCGGCCUUGAAGUCGGCGCCGCAGCGACCGUAGCUCGUCCCACGCAGCCGCUCACUGCAGUCUUGAGCCAAAUCGCUACAACCCCGAAGGAGGAUAACUCAUCUCAUCACAGUGUCGGUGUCAUCGAUGGAAAAGCGUACAUCUUUGGCGGCAAGAAAGAUGAUGGUAAACUGUGCAACAACGACAUCCACGCUGUAUCCAUCGGCGAUCAUCAAGGCGAAGGCGAAUACGCAUGCUAUCCAGCCCCCAAAUCCGCAAGAUGGUCUUCUAUAACCGCCGCUGGAAAAGCGCCCCAAUCGCGCUACGGACAUCAGAUCUUCUAUGAUGCCAAGAAGGAUAAUCUUGUUCUUCAUGGAGGGUAUGAGAAUGGGCAGCGGACUAAGACAACGUGGUUGUUUGACUUCACGACGCGUCUUUGGCAUCCUUUACCUGAUGCGCCUGCAGAGCCUUUAGCGGCGCAGUUUGUCGAAGGGACGCUGUACGCUAUUAGUGCGGAGUCGGAUGUCCAUGGGUCGGUGCACUAUGUCAAGACUGGUACGAUUCAGGAUGAAUCUCUCGACGCGCUUCCAGAGUGGACAACCGUUGACUUCCCUUCCAACCCUCUCGUCCCUGGACCACGCCCUCGCGUUGGCAGCGCUUUAAUCCCCGUAACUACUGGCCACGGGCGUCGCUACUUGCUCUACCUCCUCGGCAGCCGCCAAGACGCAUCGAUCUCUAGUGAUAAAGCCUACACCGAGGAACACCCGUUCUACUCCGACAUGUGGACCCUUCAACUCCCGUCUGAUGAUUACAGUGCUACACGGGUCAAGGAUGCUAUUCGCGAAACGAUCCCGGGUGUUCAGUCGGGAGCGUUUAGUUGGCAUGAACUUGAGAUCGCGCCGGCUGAGAUGACGCAGGAGGCGGGCAAGGUGCACCCGGGACCGAGGGGGUUCUUUGGGGCUGAUGGGUGCUUGGAUGGGAAGGGGGUUUUGAUGUGGGGAGGUAUUAAUGCGAAGGGAGAGACUGAGGCUGAUGGAUGGUUGUUGAAGAUUUCUUAG